AUGUACACAGUAAGAGGAUACUCGCAUCCUGAUUUAGCACCUCAAGUGGUUAAAUCCACUGAUACUACGAAUCCAAGUCGUGAUAAUGAUGAACCUCACUAUUAUCCACCCACACCACCUUCCUCUACAUCCCCCAAGCUAACUACUACUAAACAACUACCACCAACCCCGCCACCUGUGGUAGCACCUUCACAAGGCUUGAGCAGCCUCUUCAAGACACCAACAAAGACCCACUCGAAACUUGAAUGGCAUCCGCUACCUAAAUUCGCAGGCAUUGAUCACUCCGAACCAAGGAUAAACAUCGCUCAAUGCAAAACAUGGAUCAAGGAUAUCAUGGUGUGGAAACAACCAUUGCAUUCAUGGUUGGUCAUGGCAGGAUGCAUGACAUUGGCAGCAACCUUGUCAAGCGGAGAACACGAGUUCAUCAUGUACCAUUGGAUGCGUAUGACAGGUUUAGCUGUGUGGACCAUGGCCAUCUGUCAAAGCAUCACGAGUAGUAGUAGUAAUGCGCCACCUCAUUUAUUAUUGGAUGCUCUUUGGAUUAACAAGCCGAUACGGGCAAAAAUUAAGGCAACAGCAUUGGCACAUGAUCCAGGGCACGAGAUGGUCAUGGCAGGCAUGCUUCAUUACUUUUCCAUUGAAUCACCUUGGGUCAUUGCCAUUUUGUUUUGCUUUAUUACAACCAAAAUGAUAUCGGCGAAAUAUGAAAAGAAGGAUGGUGGUGGUACAUGA